UUGUCCGUGUCCGUGGCGUCGUGCAUUUUGGCUCAGCAGUUCGCAUUUAUUUUAUUCGUAGAAUCUUAUCACUUUCUAGAACAAUAUGAGUUGUCCAAUCGGCGAAGAACAGCUAACGGAGUUGAAGAAAUUUGUGGAAAUUUGCAAGAGUCACCCGCAACUCCUGCACAAUCCGAAGUUAGCGUUUUUCAAGGAGUACUUAACUGGACUUGGAGCGAACAUUCCUCUACCAGAUAUCGACGCAAAAAACUAUUCUGCGUCGUCCGGAGAUGGUCAAGCAAAAAACAACAAUCCUGGAGAAAAACCCCUGUCUUCAUCAGAGGAUGAGUCGGAAUCGGAGUCUGAUGUGGAAUUGGAUAUGGAAGGUGUGAUAGAACCCGACCCAGUGAAUGAGUCUCAAGAAAUGGGAGAUCCUCAGAAGGAACCUACAGAUGAAGAACGAGACCAGUCUGAUGAGAAACGGACUGAGGCCAUGAAGGCAUUUUCCGAGCAGCAGUUUGAUGAGGCCAUCAAGUUGUACACUGAAGCCAUCCAGCUGAAUCCACAGAGUGCUUUGUUAUUUGCUAAGAGAGGGCAGGUGUACCUCAAACUUAAUAAGCCCAAUGCUUGCAUCAAAGACUGCACUCGCGCUCUGGAACUUAACUGUGACAGUGCUGCUGCUUACAAAUUCCGUGGGCGCGCAUACAGACUACUUGGCAAAUUCGAGGAGGCAUCACACGACCUGUGCGAGUCUUUGAAGAUUGACUACGACGAUCAGACCAACGAGUGGCUAUCUGAUGUGAAACCUAACGCUGAGAAACUGCGUCAGCAUAAACUCAGCGUUCAGCGCAAGAAAGAGGAAAAGGAGCAUCGCGACAAGUUGCGCAGGGUUCGUAAGGCACAAGAGGCCCGAGCGAAUGCGACGCGCGCUCAGCAGGAGUCCGCCGCAGCCGGUGCCAAAGCAGGUGCGGCCCCGGGCUUCGCUGGAGCUCCGGGCUUUCCUGGUGCUGCUGGUGGUUUUGACGCAGAUUAUUUCAAAAAUCUGCUCUUUGAUCCUGAAAUCAUGGCCGCAUUCCAGGAUCCAGAAGUUGCAGUGGCAUUGCAAGAUGUGUCAGUGAAUCCGGCCAACUUCGUCAAAUACCAGAACAAUCCUAAGAUCGCUGCCGUUAUAGAGAAGCUGCAGGCCAAGCUUGGCAAAUCUGGUACAUCAUUCUCUGAUUUUCCGUAUGGUUUCGGUGGAGCACCGCCUGGCGGCGCCCCAGGGGCCGGUGGCCCUACAGCGCCCAAGCCACCUUCAGCUGAUGACGACGUUGGUCUCGACUAAACAUCAUAAUAACCCUUUCGAUGCCAUGUUAAUGCUACCGUUCUCAAGCCGCAUUUACAUCUGAACAGCUCACUGUGAAGCGCUCUUUGUUGAUGAAUCGAAACUGGGUCCUGUCUGCGUUGAGAUGAGAACGCACUGGAAUUCGAAAUCUUCAUUAGGUUUUCGAAUUCCAGUCUGUGUAUGCACAGGUCCUAUUCCAGUUCCUAUAAUUCCAAAGAACCAAAGGCAAAAUUACCAUUGCGUCAGCUACAAGCAGUUACCCAUCAUCUUCAUAAACACCGGCGAAAAAGUAAGGGAGUUGUAAUGAUGCAAACAGCGCUGACUGCUUUGAAAUAAUGCUCGCACACCAGUCAUUUGUGAGGGCGACUCAGAUAUAAAUGAGGCGUUAUGGAUAAUGUGCUCGUACUAAAUGACAUCAAAUAUACGGUACUACACUAACAUUUUAUUUAGCUUAUCGGUAAUAGUACGUAUUAUUCACGAAUAUGCUUAAAAUAGGUACUAACGGGUAGCAUUUAUCAAAUAUAUGUAGCAGUAUAUACCCAACGUUAAAUUUAAUUGUACUUACCAUGCAAUGCAAUUUAAGACCAUGCAUUUUAAACAUUGUGUGUUCUCAAAAUUUAUUCAAAUUCCAUUUGAAACAACUAACAACCCAGUAUGAAAUUGCGCAAAUUGUACAGAUGAACAAAUUGUGCUCCUAUAUCCAUUGUAGUUUUACUGUUUGUAUAUUUGAUAGGAAAGGUUGGUGCUCGUCCUUUGUUACAUAUACAUACAAAUAACAAUUUUUUUUAUUAAACUUCUAUUGGAUUUAAAGGUCCAUAUUUUUUGUUAAAAUAAUUAAACUGUUUUUAUCUACUGCUAAUUUGAACUUAUUUAUGAUUUGACCAUGUAUUUGUAUGUUGUCCACAUGCUAAUUCAGUGAAAAUUUUGUAAUUUUAUUGUUUUUUGUGCAUAGUGUAGCAAAACGUCGCGCUCAUAUUUUGUAUUUAUGUCCGAAACAAUACAUAAAGCGU